AUGGAAGUUGUUCGCCAACAAGUACAUGCGUUAACAGCCGAAACGAAAACCCAUUUGAACUUCAACUAGGCCUAGACUAUGUAGAGUCAUUGGAACUUUUAACAGCAGAGUUGCAGCAAGUGGUGAAAUAGCUGAAGUUAGUCUGCACAUUUCAUAAUAUUUGCAAAUGUUUAUGACAUGCUUUGUGACUUUCCGUUCACAUUUGCUAUUGCGAAGGAAAUGGAAGCUUGCACAAUUUGUGGCAGUCCAAACAGUUAAAGGAAGAGGAUUAGUAUUUUCGUCACACUUCAACAAAACUAAAUCUACAUCAAAGAGAUUGCUAAAGUCACAGCAACGUAUGACAAAAACUAUUGAAAUCCUGUUUUCAAAAUAUGAAUAUCAAAAGAAAGUCUUGUCUGAAUCUAAAGUGAUAUCUAAAAGAACAUCUAGUACUAUCCAAAGGAUAGCUGCUUCAGAAGAAGUGGAUAGUAGUUCUAACGAAAUAGAACCUAGUUCUAACAUCAGUGAAGACAACAGGGGUUUACCUGAUGUCAAUGACAGUCUAACAAUGGAAGGUCAAGAGAGAGGUGCAAAGCCUAAAAAGGGUCAAGGUCAUAAGCAGAGAGUUUCAUCUGCCAGGAAACAGAAAGGUCAAGGUCAGCACGAGGGGGCUGAAUCUGCAAGGACACAUCAAGGUCAAGGUCAUCAUGAAUCUACCAGGACUCAUCAAGGUCAAGGUCAUCAUGAAUCUACCAGGACACAUCAAGGUCAAGGUCAUCAUGAAUCUACCAGGACUCAUCAAGGUCAAGGUCAUCAUGAAUCUACCAGGACACAUCAAGGUCAAGGUCAUCUGGAGGGAGCUGAAUUUGCCAUGACCCCAGGGAAGUGCAGAGCUCAAAGUAAUACAAACAGAAAUAGAAAUGGUAGAAGACCAAAAAGUGACACUAAGGUGUAUAAUUCACCUCACUCAUCGUCUGGUUAUCAGAACAGGCGACAGUUCACCAAAGAUGUACAACCAGGGAUGAAACAUCAGAAUAUGUCCAAGGAAGAGAUAGAAGCUGGAAUAAAGUCUGGAAACAUCAUACAGGGUGAACUAAGAGUCAAAAUGAGAGAUUACAAAACUGCCUAUGUGUCUCACCCGGACGGCGGUUCAGAUGUAGUGAUUGAAGGAUUAGAGUACAGGAAACCUGCACUGACCGGUGAUGUGGUGGCAGUUCAAAUAUUUGAGGAUCUUAAUGUACAGGAAGCAGAUAAAAUGGAUAAGAAAAAGGGUCCUGAAAAGAACAAGAAACCAGUGCAAUCUGUUGAACAGCUAGAAUCAAAGUGUGCUGCCCUGGACUUAAAUACAGAUGUUCAGGCCAGCUCACAAGUUACCGCACCUGAAUGUGGUUCUGACACUCCUGAUGUGAUAAUCGAGGAGGAUCAAACUACAAUUGUAAAACCAGAGGUGCCAAAGGAAAGUGUUGCACCUGUGUCUACCACAAAUGAUGUUCCUUUGAAGAAAAGACAGCGUAAGGGAAAGGUAGUGACAGUGCUGGAGAGGAAACAUCUUCGUAUAUGUGCAGGUCACAUUAAGCCCCUGAAGACUAAUGAUGGGGUGUUGUUUAGUCCAACAGACAAUCGACUGCCUAGAAUACUUGUAUCUCUAGACAGCUGUCCUCCAGAUAUUCUCACUAGACCAGCUAGUUACUCCAGCAUGCUGUUUGCUGCCAAAAUCCAGGAUUGGACGCAUGAUUCGGCAUUUGCAAAAGGAGUGCUGAUCCGUGAAAUCGGAGAGGAUAAAGACAUGGAGCCAAGGAUAGAUGCCAUUCUCUUGGAGCAUGGUGUCGACGACUCAGAAUUUUCUCCUGAAGUUCUGGAAAGUCUUCCCAUCCAGACUCUGCCAUGGACAAUCCCGCAAAAACAAUUAGCGAAACGUAGGGACUUUAGAACCCAGUGUGUAUUUACUAUUGAUCCAGCAACAGCCCGGGACUUGGAUGACGCCCUUUCUAUAGAAGAACUUUCUGAUGGCACCUUUGAUGUAGGGGUACACAUUGCUGAUGUCACCUUCUUCCUGCAGGAAGAUACGCAGCUAGACAGUGUAGCAGGAAAGCGAGCUACUAGUGUCUAUCUGCCUCAUAAAGUGAUUCCGAUGUUGCCACGCAUUCUCUGUGAAGAACUUUGUAGCUUGAAUCCAGAUGAGGAUCGUCUUACCUUUUCUGUCGUCUGGAAUAUGUCAGCAGAAGGCGAGAUCUACCAUGAGUGGUUUGGGAGAUCAGUUAUCAGGUCCUGUACGAAACUCAGCUAUGACCAUGCUCAGGGAUUUAUUGAUGAUCCUGAUAAGGCCUGGACUACUGAAGAAUUUCCUCCAAUAUCAUCCAACUUCACUCUAGAACAAAUAAAGAAAAGAGUGCUGGACCUAAACAAAAUAGCUGUGAAUCUAAGAGAGAAGCGGAUGGACCACGGAGCACUCGUCUUGAACAUGCCCAGGAUGUCUUUCAAUUUAGAUGACGAAUCUGGCAUGCCUAAUGGAUUUUAUCUACCUCAACAAAAAGGCAGUAAUCGGCUUGUGGAGGAAUUCAUGUUAUUGGCCAAUAUGGCUGUCGCUCAUAAGAUCAACAAAUGUUUACCAGAGACAGCACUACUACGACGCCAUCCGACUCCCGACCAAAGUUCUGCUGAGGAGAUGGGGAAGCUGAGUCAAAGUCUUGGGGUGCCAUUGGACUUCACAACAUCCUUAUCACUACAGAAAAGCCUGAAUGCUAUUGCUGUAGAAAACCCACAUGAUGUUGGAAAACUGACCAUACUUUCUGUGAUGUGUUCCAAACCAAUGCAGUUGGCUGUAUAUUUCUGUAAUGGAUGUCUAGAAGAUGAAACGUUGUUUCGUCACUUUGGACUCAAUGUUCCCCUGUAUACCCACUUCACUAGUCCGAUCCGUCGGUACGCUGAUGUCAUGGUUCACAGAGCACUUUCAUCAGCGUUGGAAGAAUCACAAUUGAACAAUGACAAAACAAAGUUAGACAAAAUUUGUGGUGUAUGUAACGAUCGGAAGAAGGCAGCCAAAGAUGUAUCAGAGGAUUGUGCAGAAGUCUUCUUCUCUGCUUUUAUACAGGAAACAGGACCAAUGGAAGCAGUUGCUAUGGUAACAGGUGUCCUGGAUCAUUCUGUAGAUGUCUACUUUCUCAAACUCGGGUUCAGUAAACGGGUCUACGUUGAAAAUUUACCACUGAAGACAGCUACCUACAUGAACGGAGAAAAACUAAUUCUGGUUUGGAAGCAAGUGAAUGGAAUGACAAGGGAGAUAAGUCAGACGUUGGCAAUCUUCUCCAAGGUCCGUUGUACAAUUACCAAAGGGAAGCUACCUCUGUCAUGGAUGGCAACAUUAAACCGACCUGAAGAUGAUUCAGUAGAAUGAAGGUGAAAAGUGGAGGCGAUUUUGUCUAAUGAAUGCGGGGACACAAUCAAGUGGUCCGGUCAAAUGUAUUGGUGCAACACUUCGAGCUGGUCCAGUUAAAUGAACUGGGGUGAUACAGGAGGUGAUUUGGUUGAAUGACCUGUCAUAACGCAAAGAAAUAAUUUGGUGUUAUGAAUUGGCGUAAUAAAUAAGUGGAGAUGAUUCGGUUGAAUGAACUGACAACCAAAAGAUACAAUUCCGAAUAACAUAUGUAGAUACAUGUAGAGGAUCCGGUUGAAUGAACCCUUGCAACACAUAAUGUUUCUGUCAAAUGAGCCGGCCUGGUGUAAUUUCAUCAAGUCCAUAACAACAGAAAAGUCUCUAACUUCCAUACUGAGAAAGACGUUACAUUUGAUUCAGGGGAAAAUUCUAGUUUUAGAAACUUUCUUUAAAAUCUGUGAUAAUUUCUUAUAGUCUAUUAAAGAAUAUUUAAGUUCAGGAAUUUUUCUGAAGUUAAGGAAUAUUGAUGAAACUCUAAUGGCCAAGUAUAACACAUGGAGGCGAUUCUAGUCAUAAAUGCUCAGUAUAAUAUUAAAACAGUGAAAUUGGGGUGGUUAUACAGUAGUGCUAGCUAUAGGAUACAUACAUUGGCAGUUGUGUCCAAUUAUUAACGACCUCCAUAGCUACGGAAGGCUUGAAAUGUCUUCGUGAUUUUCCUGAGAAUAUACACAAAUCCCUUAUAUAGAACACAGAGUAUUGUCAGUCUAUCAGACGACCUAUUUAAACUCUUUGUAGAUGGUUGUGUAACAGACCAAAACUAUUUGUUUGAAAAAAUGUCUGAACUUUUAUGAAAUUACUCAUAAAAUUUUCCAAAAUCCUAAUUUCUCUAGCAAGUAAUUGUUGUGCAAGUUCUGCCCUCUCUAAUAACCAGAAAUAAAUAUGAACAUAUUUGCUUGUACAUGUAAUUUGUAAGGGAAAUUAAAAUAUGAUUUUAAGGAUGACAGACUUUAACAUGUAACAGUGACUGUCUCUAGGUUUAUGCAUGAUUCUUUGUUUAAAAUGUUUGAAAUUAUCAGAUGAGUUCCUAUAAGAAUUGAGAGGGCAUUUGUCUAACAUUCAGUUUAGUGGAAGUUAUGAUGCCAAACCUCGAUUACUUCAAUUUCUCUUGCAACCAUUCCAAUCAUAUACUUGUCUGUUAUAGUAUUGACUAAUGUCAUUGAAAAGUUGUUGAAUCACCAGCAUUGAAAUACAACUUGUGGAAUAUGUUAUUUAUAUAUAUAAAUAAAAGAUUUUUAGACACUGUUAAAUUUUUUUUUUCUGAAAUACUGUCUUGUAAUUAUAAUAAUAUACAACACAAUGAAAUUUGUUCAGUAUUAAAGGACACAAUUUUGAUUUGCAUGUACAUGUAUAUUAAAAUGUUGGACUUAAACAUGAAAAUAAAACCAAUUUAUUUUGUCUGUCGUGAUGGUAUUGUUUAGUCUAGAUCUUUGGUCAAAUUAUUAUGUUUUUAUCAGCUUUUUUAUUCGUCUGGCAUUAAUUCAAUUGAUAAGAUAUCACAAUAAUUCAGUCUACCUUUGGUCCAAAAUAUCAAAUUGAUCAUAGACAUAAAAAUGGCAAUUGUCUUGGAAUCAAAUCAUCAAAGACGAUUAGUCUGUCAUACACCAUGUGAUGGACAUAGAAUGAUACCACAGGCAGAGAAAAGGACUUCAUUCUAAAAAAAAAAUCUUUGGCUGAAAAAUAAUAAUUACUUGAUUCUCAGGCCUCUGUCAUCUGCUUUGAAUUAAAAAAAAAAAAAACUUAUCUCAUGAAGUUUUCCUGGUUGAUUAAAAUAGAAAAUAAAAUCUCCUUAUAAUUCAUUAUUCUUCGGGAGAAGAUUGUGUAGAAUAAAGCAUCACCAACAAUUAAAACUUUUUCCUAAUAUCCAUUAUUAGAGCACAUGUUCAUUAAUGUGAAAUCAAGACAAAGUACCAUAAUAAAUCAUUGUUUCCCACAUUUUGAAGCAGUUAAUAUGAAAAUGGAUAAUGAUGGGUUUGAAAAACAUUUACAUUUUGCACCACAGUCCAGAUAUCGCAUCAAAUGUGAAUAUUAUGAUGUUACUACUGGUACAUUGUUUGAUAUAUAAAUUAAUUGGUACUAAGUAAUAUAUUAACUGGACAUGAAUAAAAUAUUUCAAUUACA